CUAGACAAAGCAUUUCCGGUUCUGAUAAAAAUGGCGACGGGUAUUCCGAUCACUCCCUGGAGGAUCAUCACGCUCCGGAGAGACAAAGUAACGACUUAUGACGAAUUGGCAGCUUGCAAGUCGUAGUUGCCAGAUUCUUGACUCCGUACGGAUGCGCUGCUGCUCGUUGUCGUCAAACAUCAUCCGUGAAAUUUCUCGCCAAUGACGUUCCCGGACAUUCUUUGAAUUUCUGAGGGCGAUCUGGACGAAAGUUGAAGUAACCCACCGGUUUGCCGAGCUCAAGAACAGCGAGAAAUAGAUCGAGGACUCGCAAAUCCCUGCUCUGAGCUAUUACAUUAUUACACGUAAGUGCAAGUGACUGUCAAAAGGAUACUCUUGGCUUUCGAGACAACAAUCGCACGCACAGCUGAUGUCACGAGAAACGACGUGGAUGAUACGGGCGCUCCUUAAUAAAGGCUUCAGAUGCAUUUGACUGGGAGUAAGAUUUUUUCUAAAUGCUGUUGCCCCCGUCAUUUUCUUGUUCGUUAUAUUAUUUAACGACAAGUUUCUGGAAAGCUUGUAGCCGUCUAGGUUAAAUGACAGCACUGUUUAGUAAAUAAUCGCUGCUCUGUUAUCUGUCCAAUAAUGGAGAAAUUCACUGUCGAUUUGGACAAAGCCUUCGAUGAAUUUGAAUUUAACAAUGAUCAAGCGGAACAAAUGGCAUCGGUCGCCGAUGUCCCAGGGCACGUUAGAUUAUCUCUGCAGCGUGGUACGUCAAAUGUUUUUCAUCAACCUUCGGCACCCAGUACAACGAGUGAGUUAGGAGCAGGAAAUAUUAUAGAUGGCACGGACGUAAAGAGCGAGGAAUUUGAUAUUACAAAAGAACAAGAAUCUAUAUCUAUGAGUAUUGAUAAUAUAAGAAAAUCAGAGAUUAUACCAGACAGCCUAGAUUCUAUAAAUCACUUUUAUACACAUGACAGCCUACAUAAUGAUAAAAUACUACAUAAGCAAAGCAUAAAUAUCGAAGGAGCUGAAUCAUCUUCUUUAAUCGUACACAAUGACAUAUCUCAAAAAUUAUUACAAAAGCAAGUUAAUGAUAAUGUUGGACCGAACCAAAACAGUUGUAAUAAUAAACUAAAUCAACCAAACGUCAACCCUAGCGCUAGUAAUGUUUUUAAUAAUCUCAACGAAUUCAUUCAUAAUCCAAAUGUUAGUUUAGUUAAUUUAGAUAUAACGAGUGAUUCGAAAGAAGUACAAGAGAGUAGACAGAAUAAUGAUAUAAUUGAUGUAACGGAUUCAUUUAUAAAAAGUUUUGUAAAAAGCGACGGCCCCGUUGAAAAACUCUCGAUCGAUGAACUACUCACAACUCAAGAAGAAUUUAUCGAAGAGAAAAAGGACAACAAUACUGUACCUCCAAAAUAUCAGAAUAUUUUAUUACCUAUUAUAUUAGAUCCUUGUACCCCAGAGAAGUCUAGCGAAAUUAAUACUAAUAAGCUUGAUCAAAAUAUAAUAUUUCCAGACUUAUUAAUAGAAAGUAGUUGUACUGCAGAUGUUUUUGAUAAGCCGGAAAAAAUUAUUAAAAAUAUUUUAGACGAACCGGAGCACGUAUAUGAGAAUGUAUAUAUUGGAACUGAUAUUCCCAAAACUCAAGAAUUUUAUCCCCCAAUUAAUACAACCAGGCAAUUGUAUUCUGAUUUUGAACAUACUUAUGAAAAUGUUAAUUUUGGAACUCGCAAUGUUAUGCCAAUGCAACAGCGCAACAAUGAUGGAGUGUACGAAUGUAUUUACACAAGUAAGUGUCAAAAUUUACCAGAAACCAAUACUGAGUUAGAAAUAGCAGCAAAAAAAAUGUCGGAUCAAUUGUUUCUAUUGGAAUCCGAAGUUCAGAAUGCAUGUGCAAAUAUAAAUAUAAGUGCAAGUGAAAAUGCAAGUACAAGUACAAGUACGAUUACGAGUGCAGGCGCAGGUGCAGGUGCAGGUGCGAGUGCGAGUGCGAGUGCGAGUUUAAAUACAAGUACAGGUACAGGCGCAAGUACGAGUACCAGUAGGAGUACGAAUACCAAUACGAAUACAAAACUCUUCAAGCCCGUUCAGUUUGAAAAUGCUCAACUUCAAGCUCAAGAUCCGAAACACACUGUUGGGUUUAACACAAUUGAUGAUAUGUCGGAGGAGGAAUUAAAUAAGUAUUUAGCAGAUCUUGAAGCGGAGGAAAGAGUAAACGAAAAAAGUUCGUCCACCUAUCAGAAUAUUUCUAUUAAUAAUCCAACAGAAAAUCUUAAAUCAAAAUUAUUACCAAUUCAGCCCGACGAUGAAGAUGCUAACGAAGCACCAAUAUUCGAAGCGGUAAUCAUAGGUGAAUUACCUCAAGUUCCACAAGAAGACCUUCAAGAAAAAGCAAAAAAAUUCCCCGUAAUUGAUUAUAGUAAACAACAUUUAUGUGGAGAAACGUCGAAAGAACUUUCAUCUAUUGUAAAAAUAUCUGAAACAAAUAAGAUUAGUUCCCAAUUAAAAGAUGAUGAAACUAAAAUAAAUAAGAAUAUAAAAGCCCAAGAAAAUGUGAAGAAAAAUUCAGAUAACAUAGAAUCCGCAUCUCAAAGUUCUAGUCAUAGAGAUGAAAUUAAGAUAAAUAAAGAGGAUGAUAAUGAAAAAGAUAAAGAAAAUAGUAGUUAUGGGUGUACAAGUAAAACAGAUAAUAAACAAAAGAGAAAGGACAUUCAAAAUAUCGUAUCAGUGGAAAAUAAGAAUUUAAGUGAUAUUGAAAGUACCGCUGUAUCAGAGGGCGAUAUUGAUAAUAAGAAUUUGGCAAUUAGCGAACAAAGUACCGAUAAUUCUUCGGAUGAUAAAGAAUUAGCGAUUUUGAGAACACCGAUUAGGAAUACCGAGACAAUUUCAAGGUUUUCAGUUACGAGGAAUGUCGACGUUAAUGAUAAACUAGGUGGUAGAAUUAAACCUAAUCACUCGCAUAGUAGAGAAAAAAGUAGAGAUAAUAAUGCGGAACAUACGGAAAGUGGCGAUGACGAUCCUAAUCGACCAACCAGACCUCAAACUCUAGAUGUUGUCUCUGCAGUUAAUAUGACAGAUUCGUCAUCAGCAGGAGCUGCGUACAGUCAAGAGACGUCGGAUGUCGAAGGUGAUAAAGAUAGCGGAAGGGCUCCAUCUCCGGAUGUAUCAGAGAAUUCUUCCAUGGAAUCUGGCACCGUCCUUGGAAAGCAGCCACCAUUUUGGGUGCCCGAUAGCGAUGCCCCAAACUGUAUGCUUUGCGACAUAAAGUUUACCGUUAUGAAAAGAAGACACCACUGUAGAGCUUGCGGAAAGGUGUUGUGUAACAAAUGCUGCAACAUGAGAUAUCGACUAGAGUUCCAAAGUAAUGCCGAUUCCAGAGUUUGUAUACCGUGUCAUCAACUUCUUACCAAAGCUGAAAGUGAUACGGGAUCGGGAGACUACGCGGGAUUCUUAAACGCCAGUGCUGGGAUAAAUUCACCCCAGGGGAGACAGCCUAACCCAAAUAAUCCAAUGGAGUACUGUUCAACAAUACCACCUUUGCAACAGUUGGCAGGUGGCUUGCCACCACCUCCUACAGUCAUGGUGCCCGUAGGUGUUCUGAAGCGAGAAAGUAGCACGAAGCAGCGUUCCGAGGGAUCCAAGUCUGUGAUGUUCAGCGACGGAAUAAGGCCUGGCUGUGACCUGACAGAGCUCGAUACAACCUGGGACUGGAUGCCGCCGUCCGUAAGAAAUAGCAGACGAAUGGUGGGUGGUUACAUGCUAGCAUCCACUAAUAAAAAUUGUCCACGACUUGACGCCGUAACAAACAGUUACAUACCUCAGGACCCCGCGGCUCUACCACCCACGGUUACCGUACACAAAGGACAGGUUACUUAUCACGAAAUUCUCGAUACUGCCAGCCUAUACGUAUCAUUGAAAAACGAAUGUGAGCCUUCGACUAUGUUCGCAAUCAAUCGCAAUCUAUAUGCAUACGUAAAAAUAGUGAAUUUAAACUGCUGCGUCAACAGAAUAUGUUGGAACGUAACGUCCAAAGGUCUGGCUUGUUUUGGCCAAGAUGAAGUGGUUUUUUUGGUUGAAAUGCUACCGGAUGAAACUCUAGUGCCAAAAGAUCUGUUAUUGCACAUUAAUCAGCUCUAUCAUGAAGCUAUUAGAGGUAACCAACUAUCCGAAUAUGGUAUGUCGAUACAUCAGAAUGGAAAUUUAUUGGGAUCUCGUGAACACGCCGGAUUUCUGUUUAUAAGACAGACUCUACAGUGCUUACAGAAGAUCGUCGUGCCGCCAAUUCCCUUUCUCAUUGGUCUUUUAGUCCACAGAUGGGAGACACCGUGGGCGAAAAUAUUUCCCUUGCGACUUGUUUUACGCUUGGGAGCUGAGUAUCGCUAUUAUCCGUGUCCUUUGGUAUCCGUUCGAUUUCGAGAAGCCGUGUAUUUUGAACUUGGUCAUACGAUUAUAAGAGUACUGGCUGAUUUUCGUAACUUCGCCUACUCUUUGCCCAAAGUGCAAGGCUUGACCAUUCAUAUGCAAGAUAAUACUACACACGUACGAUUCCCGAAAAAUCGAUAUAAUCAAGUAAUUAAGGGCUUAAAUAAUUCAAACGAUCAUGUAUUAGCGUUUGCGUCAAAUUUUAGUAUUCAAGCCGAUUCGCACUUUGUAUGUAUGCAAACAAAUUCUGAGGUUGAAAGUACUUAUCAAACUCAGGCCAUAAAUAUACAAAAUAAGCCAAGAAAAGUUACCGGUGCAAGCUUUAUCGUUAUUAAUGGUGCCCUCAAAUCAUCUAUGGGUCUUUCGGCAAAAUCAAGGAUCGUAGAAGAUGGUAUAACUGUUCAAAUAAUGCCCGAGAAAAUGGAAGCAUUAAAAGCUGCUCUUAAAAAUAUGCAAGACUUUACGAUUGGUUGCGGUCAACAAGGUGCUCCAGAGCCAGAUGAAAUUGUGAAUAUUAAAUGGGUCGAAAAUGAUACGCAGUUCAAUCUUGGGGUUAAAAGUCCUAUCGAUGGUAAGCCUAUGGAUGGAAUACCGUCAAUACGAGUUCAUAGAAUAACCAAUUGUGUGGGAAUGAGUAGGUUUAUACGUUGGACGGAAUUGUUUAUAAUUAAGUCGGAUGAUGACCAAGCGUUUGGAAUGCAUUAUAAAUUGUCGGAGAGUAUAGCUCGAGCCACUUGCGUGGCACUCGUUAAAUUAUUAGAUUUAUUGGCAAAUGCAGGACUUACGAAAAUUGCUGUGCGAACUACCAUUCAUCCUGAUAAUGUUGGUUAUGAAGCAGGAAGCGAGGGAACACGUUUACCACCGAUUUAUAUGAAUAGCUUAGAUAACGAACUCAUUAAAGUUUUACAAAAAGCUGUACAAGGCUGUGAGGAUACACAAACUGUACUAGAAUUAAUAUUUUAUAUACUAGAGGAUGAAAUCUAGUAAGUUCGAUUAUUUUCUCAAUCUCUGAUUUUCAAAACGUAGA